AUGAGAUUACGGGUUUUUCUUCAAGUUUGUUCUUUUGCCUCGAGUUGGCUCGGUGUUCAGACUCGACUGGUCACUGUUCCUAUUGUUCCGUUUACAGAGACCGGGGGCAGUUAUGACCUCUCGUCUCUUACGGAUAUAAUUGUUGAUUCUCGUUAUGUGAAUGCAAUUGAUCAUAAUGGACAGACUUUGAUCCCACCGACGUUGCAGGAAUUCGCGGAGACUUUCCAGGAGGAUCUGAAGUCGGUCUUGGGACUCGAUGUACAGGUCACAAAGGGGUCCACGCGGAAGGCGAACUCGAUUUUCCUAACACUGGGAAAUCAAACAGCGUUUGUAGAUGCUGCGGGAAAGUGGACUUCGGAGGCAUAUGAGUUGAAGGUGGAUGGUAGUGGAGCUGUUGUUACCGGGGCUAGUCCCCUUGGUGCAUGGUGGGCGACUCGGUCUAUCAUUCAGAUUGCGACGACUAGUGACUCGGCUCUUCCUAAGGGAUCGGCUGUGGAUGCACCAGGAUGGGGUACGCGGGGUGUUAUGCUUGAUGCCGGACGCCAUUUCUAUCCGGAGGACUUCCUGAUUGAGAUGUGCUCUUACCUCUCAUUCUUCAAACAAAAUACCUUCCAUCUUCAUCUUAGCGAUAAUCUUUACAACAAUGUCGAUAUCUACUCAAGAGAAGAGUCACUCAGUCUGUAUGCUGCCUUCCGUCUUUGGUCAGACGAUGAGGCUGUCGCAGGACUGAACCGACGUGCGAAUGAAUCGUAUACGCGCACUCAAUUCGACAACAUCCAGACAAAAUGCGCUCAGCGUGGAGUGACCAUCAUUCCCGAAAUUGAAGCACCGGGUCAUGCCCUUGUCAUUGUACAAUGGAAACCUGAGCUUGGUCUUUCCGAUCUGAGCAUGCUCAACAUUAGCCACCCAGAUACCAUCCCAACAAUGAAGACCAUCUGGGGUACAUUCUUGCCCUGGUUCCAGAGCAAGGUUGUUCACAUUGGUGCAGACGAGUACGAAAGUGGUCUUGUGGCCGAUUACACGAGUUUCGUCAACGAGAUGAACACAUUUAUUACCGAGGAAACAGCCGGCACCAAGUCGAUGCGUAUCUGGGGUACAUUCACUCCGGAAGAAGGCGCCAAUGUUUCCACGUCGGUCUCAAUUCAGCAUUGGGAAGUUUUUGAAGACCUGCCGUACUACGAUUACAUCGAGAAUGGAUACCAUGUCCUCAACUCGGAUGACUACGUAUACCUUGUUGGAGGGUGGAGUGGCUCAUACCCCCAAGUCCUGACCGAGACUAAGAUCUUUGAUGGUCCAUAUGAUCACGCCUACUCACCCAUUAUAUUUGACGCCACCAACAAAACAGACAACCCUUCUCGGAACAACUCUCUGGUUCUGGGUGAGGCUGCCGCGCUUUGGAAUGAUUAUGGACCCAACGCAACUACCGUGUUGUCGGCAUAUUAUUCUUGGCGAGAUGCUCUCCCGGCUCUUGCAGAUAAGCAAUGGGGUGGAGACAUUACCGCGGAUGAAUACGAUUCUGUCUUUGAUGACCUACAUGCCGCAGUCCCGGAUCAGAACCUCGAUCGCGCGAUCGAGAGUAAAUCCGAUACCAUCUUGCACUAUACCUUUGAAUCUAAUUCAAAGACUGUGACUGAUAGGUCUGGCAACGGAUAUGAUGGCACAGUUCACGGGUGCAAGAUCGCAGGUAACAGUCUCCACCUGGCCGACGGGUGCUAUGUCGAGACACCUCUAGGCAGCAAGGGAAGGGACUACACCCUCUCGUUUCGUGUUAAGCCCACAUCCCACAUCCCCGGUACGCUUUUUGCGGGGCCAGACUCUACUUUCGUCAAUGGCAAUGGCACUAUUACGAACACAACGCUGAUCAGUGGCAAUAAUCCCUACUCGCUAAACUAUACUCUUCCUCUCAACACAUGGACGGAUGUGAGUUUAAUCGCGCAAGGCAACCAAACUUUCCUGCAGGUUUCCGAGGGAUCUUCGUCUAAGACGAUGGAAUUCCUCACGCGCAUCGGGGUGAACGGGGACUCUCUUGUGUGGGCGCCUAUUGCAGUGGAGGCGCCACUAACGCGGAUUGGCGAGGGAUUUACUGGGUUGAUGCAGGAUAUCGUGUUGAAGGGAAGUGCACCAGAGAGUUGA